AUGGCGGACUGGACCGACUGUCUGGACUUUGGGAUCUCCUUGGCUAAACAGGCCAGUGAGGCUGUCCUGACGGCGUUCAAUCGGCAAAAAGAAGUCAAGCUGAAGAGUUCUCCGGCUGAUUUGGUGACAGAAACAGAUCAGAGAGUAGAGAAGAUGCUGAUCUCUGCCAUCAGGAAGCGAUAUCCUCAACACAGGUUCAUCGGGGAGGAGUCCGUCGCAGCAGGGGAGCCUCUGGAGCUGACUGACCGCCCCACCUGGAUCAUCGACCCCAUCGACGGCACUGUCAACUUUGUCCAUCGGUUUCCUUUCGUGGCCAUCUCCAUCGCCUUCACCGUCAACAAGCAGACGGAGUUUGGGAUCGUGUACAGCUGCGUAGAGGAUAAGCUGUUCCACGCUCAGAGAGGGAGAGGGGCGUUCCUGAACGGAGAGCCGCUGCACGUGUCUGGACAGGAAGACAUCAGCAGGUGUGUGGUGGUGACGGAGAUCGGGGCUGAGCGGGACGACCUCGCCUUGUCCACUCUGACCUCCAACAUCUUCAGACUGCUGAAGCUUCCUGUUCAUGGAGUCCGUGCGUUGGGCACAGCGGCGGUCGACAUGUGCCAGGUGGCGACAGGCGGAGCCGAUGCCUACUACCACAUCGGGAUGCACUGCUGGGACAUCGCUGCCUCCGCCAUCAUUGUGAAGGAGGCUGGAGGCGUCGUCACGGAUACAGAUGGUUCAGAGUUCGACAUGAUGUCCAGGAGAGUCAUCGCCGCCAGCUCGUCCUCAGUGGCCAAUCGCAUCUCUCAGGUGGUCCGGGCAUUUCCCUGCCGUCGUGACUGCGGGGGGGCUCCCGGUGCAAACGGAGGAGCUGCUUUGUGA